AUGAAGUGGAAUGCUGUCCCACUCGUUGGCGCCGUGGGCCUUGCACCCCUCGUGGCGGCUGUUCCUCGGGGAGUUGUUAUUGCACGCCAACAGUCGGGUACUCCAUCGUCUGGCAUGUCCUCAUCAAUGGGCAUGUCGGCUUCCAUGUCUGCGCCCCCAACCCGGAGUCACCCUAGCUCUGUUGCGCACACUCCUUUCAGCGGCACUCCUUAUACCACCGGCGCCGUGACGGCGUCCUCUGUUGGUACAGGAAUUCCCAUGGGUAGCGUGUCGCCUGAAGCGACUACCUACCCCAGUAAUGGAAACCUGAACAACCCCGAGCCUGCGCCUUAUGUGCCCGCCGGGGGCCUUGGUACCAACGGAACCAUCCCCGUUUACAACGCGAAGAGCGACUUUGACUAUGAGUCUCUGGCCCUUGCUCUUUACCAGGAAUGGAUCGAGCUCGACCUCUUCCAAGAUGGCUUGAGACGGUUCUCUGCCGCGGACUUCCAGGCUGCUGGUCUGAGCAAGGCAGACCGUGAUCUGAUCGCUUUCAUGGCGGAGCAAGAGGUCGGCCACGCCACCUUGAUCAGCAACAUGCUCGGCGCCGAGGCGCCUCAGCAGUGCAACUACAACUACCCUUACACGAACGUCGCCGAGUACCUGGACUUCUGUCAGAAGCUCACUCGCUGGGGCGAGUCUGGUGUCUACGGGUUCCUCGCUCACUUGGAUUCCCGCGAGGCUGCCAGCCUGUUGACGCUCUCCAUCACCACCGAGGCCCGUCAACAGAUGAUCUUCCGUCAGUUCCAGGGUCUAUUCCCCAUGCCCGUCUGGUUCGAGGUCGGCAUUCCCCAGUCUUGGGCCUGGACUCUGCUGGCCCCAUACAUUUCCUCUUGCCCGGAGGGUCAGACUCGUCUCGCUUGGCAGAACUUCCCCGGGUUGCAAGUUCUUAACCAGCCCAGCAGUGCUACUGCCAACAAUGGCACCACUCCGAUGAACAAUACCCUUGGACCCGCGGCCAAUGUUGUCCGAGGCAACAAGACGAACAACCAGCCUGCCACUGGACAAAACGAUGGGGCUCGUGUCACCCACGAUACCGGUGCUCUCUCCUACCCUGGCCGCCAGGUCUAUCUGGAGUGGCAACAGCCCGGGCAGGAGAUUGGUCCCAACAACUCCUACGUCACCUCCACCUCGGCCGGCGCUGGCCAGUACGUCGUCUGGGUCUCCCAGUUGAACGUGACCUAUUCUCCCCUGACCGUCACCGAGCAGGGUACCAGCAAUGGUACCGGUCGUGGAUACACCGUCCAGCCUGAUUUGGAGACUUUCCAGGGUGAUCCCGCCAUCAAUGGAACUAUCUUCAUUGCUAUCACUGACUCUGACGCCGUGUAUACUCCCUUCAACCUGAGCCAGAUCAACCCCCACGUUGUUGCUGGUCCUGCCAUCUACCAGGCUGGUUAA